UAUGUUUAUGUUUUGUAGAAAAUCACAUACGCGUUUCCUUUCCGUGGAUGGAGUGCCCUGCUAUCAUCAAGCCACAGAGCAAGCACGAAAUGAGCAUGCCUGAGCAGGGAGCUCAAGAUCAUCGUCAUCAUCUUGACUCAUCUUCUUCGGAUCAGCUUGAAACUGGGUCUUUGAAUGACUUGUCUUCGCUCCUUCAACAACUUCCCAUCAAGAGGGGGCUUUCAAAGCAUUACGAUGGGAAGUCGAGGUCAUUUACUUCGCUAUCAAACGUGAAAUGCAUGGAGGAUCUUGUCAAGAUCGAGCACCCUUACAACAAGAAGUUGAAGUCUUGCAAAAGCUAUGUGGGAUUAGGGAAGAGCCAGAGUCACAGAUCAUCACGCCCUCCUAUGGCUUCUUCCUCCAAACCUAGGCUCAAUAUUUCGAAGAAGUUAUCCAAUUCCAAGGGCUCCUGCUCUUUACUCUCUGUGAAUAGAAGCGGUAGCUUUCUGAGAAGCGGCUCUCCGGCCUCCCCACCUCACAGAUCGACCAGUUCAAGUAGUAUUUCGAACCAAACCCCGGCUUUGUUAGCCUAGAAGGAUUCGUGGAGUACUACGUACAAGUUUCCGUUCCCUUAUUUGUCGGAAAACAAUUCAUUAGGCUUUCUAGAAUCCUGCUCACGUGGGUGAUCAAGAAAUGGAUCGAAAUCACUCGUGUUCUCUUGUGCACCUACGGAUUAACUUGCAUUUGCUUUUAUGGUCUAUUGUUUCGAAAACCAUAAUUAAUGCAAUUUUCUUUUUUUUUCUUUUUACAAAAUCUGACCAUUAGUGAAUGGACUUCGUUUGA